AUGCGUAGAUGGAAUUCCACCAGUGUGCCUGACUUCAUCUUCAUGGGGCUGACAGACUCUGCAGAGGCAAAGCCGGUCCUCUCUGUGCUCUUUCUCCUGAUUUACCUGAUCACAGUGCUGGGGAACACAGGGAUGAUACUGAUCAUUCACCUGGAUCCCCAGCUUCACACCCCCAUGUACUUUUUUCUCACUCACCUGUCAUUCCUUGACCUUAGUUACUCAAGUGUCAUCACCCCUAAAACCUUACAGAACUUGCUGACUUCCACCAAGAGGAUCUCCUUCCUGGGCUGCUUCACACAGAUGUUCUUUUUCAUAUUCUUUGGUGGCACAGAAUGUUCGCUUCUCUCUUCCAUGGCCUUUGAUCGCUAUGUAGCUAUCUGCAACCCUCUGCACUAUCCAGUCAUUAUGUCCACAAGACUCUGCCAUGUCCUGCUCACUUGCUCCUAUGCUCUAUCAUUUGUGGAUUCCACUGUGAAUGUGGUUUGUAUAAGCAGAUUGCAUUUCUGCAAGUCUAAUGUCAUUCAGCACUUUUUCUGUGACACAUCCCCGAUUUUAGCCUUGUCAUGCAGUGACACUUUUGAUGUUGAAAUCAUUAUAUUCAUUUUUGCUGGAUCCAUUUUAGUGCUGUCCCUCAUCACCAUAUCUGGAUCCUAUCUGUCCAUCCUCUCCACUAUCCUGAAAAUUAAUUCCACUUCUGGAAAGAUAAAGGCUUUCUCCACCUGUGCCUCCCAUCUCCUGGGAGUCACCAUCUUCUACAGCACUGUCAUCUUUACUUACCUAAAACCAAAGACAUCCUACUCCUUGGGAAGGGAUCAGGUGGCUUCUGUGUUUUACACAAUUGUGAUUCCCAUGCUGAACCCUCUCAUUUACAGUCUCAGAAACAAAGAGGUGAAAAAUGCUGCUAUUAGAGUCCUGCAGAAAAUACCAAGUGUUAAACAAUUAAAAUAA